AUCAAAGAACCAAAUUAUUUUAUGAAAGAAAAUAGAUUGAUUCUUUAAAGCCAUCCAUCUCUUCUGCGCUUGAAACAGAAACAAGAAAGUUCAUUGCUCUUAUCUUCCUUCAAGAGCCCAAAAAAAAAAAAAAAGAAAAAAUCAGUUUAUGAAAUAUGGUGGAUGCUGUAGUGUCAUUUGUGGUGGAGAGGACUGGGGACUAUCUCAUCAAAAAAGCAGCCUUGUUAAGUGGAGUGAAAGAUGAAGUGGAGUCACUGAAAAAAGAACUGGAAUGGAUGAAUUGUUUCACAAAGGAUGCUGAGGAGAAACAAGCUGGCAACUCUAUGAUAGAACAGUGGGUGUCUGACAUACGAGAAAUUGCUUAUGAUUUUGAGGAUGUCUUAGAUGAAUUCAAGCUCCAAGUCGGUGACAAAGAUGAAGAAGGAGAGUCUUCAGAAAGAAAGCGCGGAUUCUUUACUGCCAUUGGGAAAUCGGUUAGGGAGAAGGUAACUACGUACAAUAUAGGCAAGAAGAUUGAAUCUCUGAAAAAGAAACUCAGUGAUGUUUCUCGUAGAUGUGAAUUAUAUGGCCUAAGAGACAUCAAUAUCAAGAGGGACGAAGACAGCCAUGCUGUUAGAAGAAUGAAACAGCUGAGAAGAACCACCUCCUUUUCCUUAGAAGUGAACGUAGUUGGUUACCAGGAUGAGAUCAAAAAACUGUUGGAUAAACUGCUUGAUAAUGAGCCAAGGCGUUAUGUGAUCUCUAUUUGGGGCACCGGUGGCUUGGGCAAAACAACCCUUGCAGGAAAACUUUAUAAAAGCAGUGAAAUCAAACAAAAAUUUCAUUAUAGUGCUUGGGUUUCUGUAUCUCAGCAGUACCAACUUGGAGAUCUGCUUCGAAAAAUUAUAAAAUCUUUCGGUUUUUCUGUGGAGGAAUUGGAGAGAAUGAGUGAGGAAGAUUUGGGGGACCACGUUAAUAAAUCUUUGCAAGGGGGCAAAUAUUUGGUGGUAAUUGAUGAUGUAUGGGACCAAGGUGCAUGGCGAACCCUCCGAAAGGCCUUUCCAGACAAUGAGAACGGUAGCAGAGUGAUUAUUACCACUCGCAGCAAAGAUGAUGCAGAGCUUUCAGAUGAAAGAACUUUUGUACAUAAACUUCGUUUUUUAAAGUCAGAUGAGAGUUGGCAGUUAUUCUAUGAUAAAGCUUUUUGGAAUUCAAGUCCAGAAGGUGAAGAACAACUGAUGCUGGGAAGAGAGAUGGUAGAAAAAUGUCGCGGUCUACCACUUGCCAUUGUUGUAUUGGGUGGUUUACUUUCAACAAAGAACUUACGCGAAUGGAAGUCGGUACGAAAAAAAAUGUGGAAAAAAUUAAGUGCUGGUUCUCUUGAGAUAACAUAUUUGUUGGAUUUAAGCUUUGAUGAUUUACCUUAUCAAUUGAAGUUAUGUUUUCUCUAUUUAAGUCAAUUUCCAGAAGACUCUGAAAUCAACACAGAUAGGCUGAUUCGCUUGUGGGAGGCUGAGGGUUUCAUACCGCACAGCGAAGAAAUAAUGGAAGAUGAGGCUCGCAAUUACUUGAAUGAGUUGAUUAAUAGGAGCCUCAUUCAAAAAGAGAAAACGUUGUUGGGCAAGGUUGUAACAUGUCGAAUUCAUGAUCUGUUGAGGGAAUUAACGAUUCGAAAGGCAACAGAGCUCAACUUUAUGCAUAUUUACGAUGGAAUCGAAAACUCAUCAACUCACUCUUCCAGGCAACCAUGUCGACGACAAGUGUACUCUGGGAUGAAAGGGACCAUGUGCCUUCGACAGUGUACUCCGGUCUUGCGUUCUCUUUUGUUGUUUCAUCUCUUUGAAGAAGGUCCAACACCACAGAAAUUCGCAUCAACUUUGUGCAAAAAAUUCAGGUUUCUAAGAGUGCUCGAGUUUGACGGUCUCCCGAGAGAAUUUGACUUCUCCUUACCCAAGAAUAUUGAUAAGUUGGUUCACUUGAAGUAUUUAGGUUUGAGGCACACUUGUAUUAAAGGUAUUCCGAAAUCGAUUCUCAACAUGUCGAAUCUAGAAACUCUGGUCUUACAAGAUGAUAAGGGCGGUGAAAUAUCUCUACAAGGGAACCUUACCAGGCUGAAAAAUUUGAGACAUCUGAUUGGAAACUUCACAAAGUAUUGUCUGUGCAUAAACAAUAUGACAAAUCUUCAAACUCUUCAAUCAAGUGAACUAUGCAACUUUAACUUAUGCAAAUCCAGAAACUUUGGUUAAUCUUCGAGAGCUACACCUUUCUCUUAUCUAUAAACGUGAGUUGAACUUCACUUUCGAUCCUAUUGCCAGACUGAAAAGCAUUCAAAUUUUAUCGGUUCAUUUACAAGAGAAUCAAACUUUUCCUGCAUUUGAGCCGCUCUCUGAUUGCCUGCAUCUCCGAGACUUAAGCUUAAUAGGGAAGAUAGAGAAACUACCAGAAGAUAUGCAGGUACUUUUGCUGAAUGUUGAAAGCCUAUCAUUACAUGAGUCCAGACUCGUAGACGACCCGAUGCCAGUAUUGGAGAAGAUGUUGAACCUCGCAAUACUUGAGUUAGGCCCUGGUUGUUAUCGUGGAAAGAAGAUGGUGUGCACGGCAAAUAGUUUUCCUCGGGUUGAAAUUUUAGUUAUUGAUUGUAAUUUGGAGGAGUGGCGGGUAGAGGAAGGAGCUCUACCUGUGCUUACACGUUUGAAGUUGGGAUGGUACAAACAACAAUACCAACUUCCAGAAAGAUUGAAACAGAAGCUUGACAGAGAGUAAUGCUACUUCAAAAUCGAUCUUUGAGGUGAUUGUUUGUGUUUGUACUUUGUUUUCUUUCAAAUUUUAUUCAUCUUCUGUCGGCCGGCUUUUGAGUUUGAGCAUUUGUAUUGUAUUUAUGGAAUAGAUUUUUAUUGUUUCAGUUUUGAAUAAAGCUUGUGGGUUCUGUAUCAGCUUACAGAAACAAGAAUGCAGUAGCAAAUACUAUGUGUAAUAUGGAAAUGUGGAGCGAACAGAGGAGAGAGUAAGGAGAUUAGCAGAACCUUUUUCUGCCUUCUCUUUAUUAUUAGUAUUUUUCCAUUAAUGUUGUCAUUCAAAAGCAUUAUUCAUGAAAUAAACUUAUUAAUGAUUA